AGCACAUUGUACUUCCUCUGUCCAGAAACGUGGUUCCUCAUCGUGUGGCAUGUCGGGUGUGAGGAACGUUUCUUAGAGUGUGUAUUAUUAUUAUUAUUAUUGUCAGAAUUUCUUUUCAUCAUGACAGAGAAGACACAGAGCGGGAAGCUGCUCGCGCUCAACCCGAGUGAAGACGCUGAGUUUCAGAAGAAGGUGCAGCAAGUGAAAAAGCGACAGAAAGCGGUACGGGUAGCUAUCGUGUAUGAAAAGGUUUUAACUCCAGGUGUGAUUUAUGUGGGUCACCUUCCUCAGUCACUGGCCGAGCCACAGCUCAGAUCUUACUUCUCUCAGUUUGGUGAUGUCCAGCGAUUGAGGCUGUCCAGAAGUAAAAAAACCGGCCGGAGUAAAGGCUAUGCCUUUGUGGAAUUUGAGUGUGAUGAAGUGGCCAAGAUUGUGGCAGAAACCAUGGACAACUACCUCAUGGGAGAAAGGCUGAUCAAAUGUAGUGUUAUGCCACCUGAGAAAGUCCAUGAAAAGCUGUUCGUUGGUUCUCAGAAAAUAUUUAAGAAGCCCAAACGCCCUGCAGUGGCACGGUAUAAUAAAGCCCAUGGCCCAGAAGAGAUGAAGAAACUUUCAGGAAAGCUUCUCAGCAAAGAAUCGAAGCUUCGCAAGAGGCUGGCAGAAAAGGGCAUCGACUACGAUUUUCCAGGAUUUGCAGCUCAAGUAAAGAAGGCUCCGUCAGAUGCUGAUACGUCUGCCUGCAGUGAGGAUGCCACACCGGUUUGUACGCCUUCAGUCCUGGAGAGGAGGAGGUCCAUAAAAGUCAAGGAUGACGAUGUUGAUGAUGAAAUUGUUCUCAAAAUCCCACCAAAGAACAGUGACGAUUUUGAAGACUCUGAAGACACAGAGGAGGAGGAAGAGGAGGAAGGGUCAGAAGAGGAGGAGGAAGGGUCAGAAGAGGAACAGUCAGAUGAUGAGGAUUGAGCCUCUGUUUUGAAGAGAGACUGAAAAGCUAAAUUGGCUUAAUUAUAAAGUCUAGAUUUGUAUUCAGAGGUUUCUCGGGUCCUUUCAGAAAUUGAGAGGAGUUACCUACACAGCUGGUGGCCUGGUUUUUAUGAACUAAGGAAAUGUUUCAGCAUCUGCGUAUGUCUGUUUGAGACCUUUUCUUAUGCAAAUGUGUUCUCUGGCUGUUUUGGAUGUCUUGCCAAGAUGGCAUAAAAUGUACAUACAACUUUUUAAAACGAUUCCUCUUAUUCAGAAGCAGAGUAGUAAAUGUUAGGUGUUAAGUCACAUUGUUGUUAAUGUGAAGCACCACCCUGACUUGUGCUCAGACACUUUAUACUCUGCAAGAAUAAACUAACAGAAAUGUGUAAUUAUUGGUUAUGGCUUUCAGGUAAAGUAUUUCAAAUGCAAGACUAAAUGCAGUUUAACAAGGUUGAUUGGUUACUUAGUGGACAAGUAGUGGUGCAUAUAAUUGUGUUUUGCUAUAUCCAUGGAAUAUAAUUUGCUGGCCAAGAGCG